AUGUCUGGCCUCGAGGUCGUUGGCUCCGUUGCCAGCGUCAUCCGAUUAGCCGCUGCAGUCUACAGCAUAUCUAAAACGCUCUACGAAGUUGGUGAUGCAUUAUCCAAUGCCCCAUCAGAUAUCAAAGACUUAGCACGCGAUCUAGAAACGUUCUCUGAAGAGCUCCACUUGCUGUCGACACUCCUCGAUCUGAAGAAUAGUCGAUACUCAGACGCAGUUUAUCGACUAAUUGCCAAGAUCAUCGGAGAUUGUGCAACAAUAUGUCAGAAAAUCGAUCGAGUUCUCAAGAAGUUGCGAACUACCAGCUUUUGGUCGAAAGUAAAGUGGGUCUACAAGGAGAAGGAGAUCAUGAAGCUCUUGGCGAGGUUGCGAGAUCUUAAGCUUAGCCUGAUGGGAACUUUGAGUCUACUCGGUGCAUUGAAAGCUGAUACUAUGAUGAAUGCAAUGGGUGUUGGGACUUCCAGUCUGCUAGAGGGAACUAGCAACGAACUUUGUUCCAGGCAAACCGCAAAAGAUUUGGAAAUUGCAGAACAAAAACUAGCUGGAAUUGGCACGGUGGAGCAUCCAACUACGAAUUUUAGUAUUGCCUUGGCUUCUCAGCAAUCUUGGAGCUCUGGAGCUUCUUCCGCUACUAUUCAUCCGCCCAAAACCUUCCAGGAGAACUCUGCUAAUACAGAGUCGACUUCUCCACUGUCGAAUGUUACCUUUAAACCAGACCUUUCCAUCUCAUGCUCGGCCACGCCAACACAGGAUUCAUUCCAACAAACGGCUGUCUCUUCUUUCGAACACGAACACAAACACAGCCAAGUAGAUUGCUCCACGUCUUGGGAGACAAUCACGAUGCAUACAUCUUCCAAAAGUCCAUCUUCCAUUGCAGACGUUCUUCAUGAGCCCUCUGCUUCUCGAACGCAUCAAGCUUGGAGGAAAGAGGUGGUAGAUAUUGCAAUCAAGCACUUCAACAUGACAAUGGAAGAGGCCAUAUCAUGGGCCUCCUCAGUACCUGUGCCGAGUAUCCCUGGGAUGAGUGUCCAAGCAGCAUCUGAGGACAUGGCACCCAGAAGAUCGAGAGAAUCAGUUCAACUUCCUCGGAACGGAUUUUACAACUCUUCUUCUCCUAUGGUCGAACUAGUCGCCAAACAGUCUGACGACCAGCUUGGUCAAAACUGGAAGAAAGAGACAAUAUUACUAGCUAUGAAGCACUUUCAUAUGACCAUGGAACAGGCCGUAUCAUGGACAGCUUCACUACCUACACCCAUUCCUCCCGAACGAAGCAUUGCAGUAUCUGACUCGGUGAUAUCGUCUGUCUGCGAUUCAUGUGCCCUUCCCAGGGAGCCGCGGCAACCGCAAAUAAUAUUUGAUGGAGGCGGGAAACAGCCACCGAGCAGGCAAGGAAUGUACCGAAUGGAAAAGGAACGGGAGUUUAUAAAUGCAUAUAUGCAGGCAUUCCCGAAUUCUAAAUCCCCCCCUUUUCGGCUAUUCUCCUACCUUUGGAUGGAAGCUUAUCUCAACAUAUCAACAAGCAAUCUUGAGGUUUUUCUCCGCCUGGGACAUAUAGACAAAAGAGCUAAGGAUUUGGUACCAAAUCUUGUCUAUGACAGUGAACCACCUAGAGCAGCAACUCAAGCAGUCACAAAACUGUUGGUCCAAGAUAUCGAUCUUGAUGUUGGUCAUCCCAUGAACGGUGAUCCUAAUCACGAGGCGAUCUUGAGCUCGAUGAAGAGAAUUCGAGAUAUAUUGCAAACCAUCCGUGGAAUAUUGGAAGUUGGGGUUAUUGUUUGGCCUUGUCUGUGCGAAGCUAUUGUGGCUGUCCACAAAAAGAGAUACUACUCACUUGAUCAUCAAAAUUUAUACGCAGCUCUCGCUGAUGUUGUCACACUUGUGGCACGAUACAAUGUCAUAGAGAGAAUAUACCGGCAAUGGCAAGGCAUGCUCGUCGAGGAGGAAUACAGAGUAGCAUUGGUUGCUUUAUGUGUCCGUGUUCUUCUAUUCCUCGAUGAGGUCAUCAGUAACUCCGCUGAAAUGAAGGCGGAGACUCUUGGGCAGUGGAUGGGCAAGAUCAAUGAAGCAGAUGCGUCCUGUCGAAGAUUCUCGGUUAUCAUCGAAGAUGUGUUUGACGAAGACUCCGACUCCGACGGCAUGAUUUGUCCAAUAGAAUGUACCACCAAGAGGAAGUAUCAAGAAGCUGCAUCAAGGCUGGAGAGUACAAAACUCGAGAUAGAGAACGAAACUUCGGUGAAGCGGCAGAAACUUUGA